CUGACAGUGUUGUCUACACGAUGAAAUUCAAAUCCUCGGGCUUAGGAUUCUUCUCUUCACUUCAUUUCGCGUCCUCACCCCAUCUUUGUUUCCGCCAUAUCAAUUUCAUUCCCGUGAUUCUAGUUUUUCAAAACAUGCUCUGGAAGCAACUCCUCUUCACGACCGCAUUCCUGGCUUCAUCCGCCGUUGCAGCCCCUCAGUUCAAAAACUCGGCGGGUAAGAAUGUGCCUUCUUCGCAGGCACUCACCUGCAACGACGGGGUCUGUUGCGACCAAUUUGGGGGUUGCAUCUUACAGAAUGAUCUUGGAGACUUUGCAGAUCGCGUGGUGAAUAGACGCUCGCCUUCCGCACAGUUCAGGAACUCGGAGGGGGAAAAUGUACCUUCAUCGCAGGCGUUGAGUUGCAACGAUGGAGUUUGCUGCGACGAGUCUGGCGGUUGUGUAUUUGAGAAAGAUCUCGGCGACCUUUCCGAUCGCGUGGUAAACUGA